CAACACCUAUAUCGAAAAACGCUAUAGUUUUAAGGUUUAACAGUGUGUAGUUUUUAGCAGAAUAUCAACAUUACAAGUAUUGGCCUUAACCACGUCCUCUGGUUUAAGGCGACCAUCGACAAAACCCCUAUUUUUGCAAUCACCGGAAUUCUCUACUGGUUAAUUUUUAAAUACACCUCCACUCAUUGGUUUUCCUGUUCCAAAGCCAAAGUUUGUGUUGGACUGAAAUUGGCCGCAAAACCGAUAUAAAAUGACUCUCACUUCAAAGGUCCCAUCUUUCAAAUCCAAGUUUAUCACUGCGGAGCUGGCUCAUCUGUUUAGCCAGUCAGACAGUGAGGAGGAGUUUGAAGGUUUCAGCGAGGAUGAGGAAGAAGAGUACGCAGGAUGUUUUAACCAACGGCUGAAGACUAAGAUGGUUGAAUCGGAGGAGGACAGCGACGUGGACACCGGCUUCUACUCUGAUGGUGAGGAGGUCCCCCCAUCAAAGAGGAGGAGUCUUUUAGUAGCCCUGAGGUUUCCAGUCAAAAGACCGUCUAUUCCCAAACAGGAACCGCAAGAGAAAAAUAUCCAAAAGCAAGUCAAAGAAACUCCGCUUUCACAGAGAGCAAGAGGAAGGCAGAGAAUGAAGCAGCAGCAGCAGCAGGUUGAAGACGAGGACGAGGAGGAGGAGGAGGAGGAAGAAGAAAAAGAGGAGGUCUUGUCUCAGAGCCUAAGGAAACGAGACAAGAACAUCAAAGAAAACAAAGCCAUGCUGGCUAAGCUGUUUGCUGAUCUAAGCACCAUGGCUGACCUGACUCUGCCCACCACCCCGCAAAAAAAGAAGCGGGCGUCAGAAAAGACAAUGCCACGGAAACGCAAGUUUGAACCAGAGAUGGGGUCAGAAAGGAGGAACCCGUCCCGUAAGGCUCGUCCUCCUGAGAAAUUUGCUGUGGAGGAAAAGAGCGAGCCACUUACCCACCGAAGCCCCAGGACAGUAGACCUCAGGAGACUGGUGGAGGUGGAUGAGGAACAUGCCCGUGAUGGCCGGAAAAAGAGGAAGAGCUCCAGUUCCAGAAGGAGCCAGUAUGACGUAAGGUCGGUCGACGAGAUCACCAAAGAGGACCUGGACAACAUAGCAUACCGCAGCAAGGACAAGAUCUGGGACAAGGAGAAUGGCAGCUCGUGUCACCAGUGCAGACAGAAGACUCUGGACACCAAGACAGUGUGUCGCAGCGGUUUCUGCGUGGGAGCCAAAGGUCAGUUCUGUGGACCGUGCCUGAAGAACCGCUACGGAGAGGACGUACGCGCUGUGCUGCUCGACCCGACUUGGUCGUGUCCCAUCUGCCGUGGGAUGUGUAACUGCAGUCUGUGUCGUAAGAAGGAGGGCCGCUGUGCUACCGGCAUCCUUGUGGGAUUGGCCCGUUACAACGGCCACGACAAUGUCCACGAGUAUCUGGAGAGCAUUCAGAAGGAGCUGGAAUAAAGUCCAGAGAGAAGACCAGAGAGGAGACCCUGCAUGUACAGCUGGUACCUGGAGCAGGCUCUCAUGCUGCACAGUACAGUAGAACUAAUUUUAAUACUUAUUUUUAGAUUCAGACCAAACUUUUACCUAACCAUAGAGACUAAAGCAAUGUUGUUCUUUGUUUGUUAUGUUGUUUCUUUCAUGUCACCUUAACAUAAGGCACAUACACUGUUGAUAUGUUUUAUAUAUCCUGAUAUAAGGCUGCAUAAGAUGCAGAGAUGUUAUUGUUUUAAAGUCUGUACUCAGUUUUGAGUUGUAUAUUUUCAUUUGAAUAUUUCUACUCUUGAUGUUCAUUUGAACAAAUUUGACAAAUAUUUUGUGUGUUGUGGAUGCAAAAGGAGCCUAUUAUACCAACUGCUUUUCUAAAAACUUUGCAAUAUUCUUGUCAGUCCACUGUAAAUUUGAAUAAAGAUGGCAAUAUCUAAACGAUUUGCCAUGUUUUUUUAAGAUACA